AUGGCCAAGCUUGCAUGCAAUGUUACAGGGCAAAGUGCCGGUGUAUGUUUUCGUCUCAAGAAAAAGUGCCAGCCAUCAGACUCAGUUCGCAGGCGUGAUACUCAGAGAGCUGAAGAUUUCGAUACACGAAUCGCCCAGCUGGAAGGCAAGAUGGAAACCCUGUUAGCCGCAAUGCAAUCUGUCGUCAGCUCCCCCGGAUCUUCGGUCGAAAUUCCUCAGAUCCUCAACGAAGAGAAUAUUCCACCAUCCAUGUCUACCUCGAAGAGCAUUCUUGUAAACACAACGAGCACCAACUUGAGCUUCAGCGAAGGACCAUUUCCCACGGCACCGCCACAUAUAAAUUCGUUUUCUCCGUCUCACCAUCAUUCACUAAAUUCUUCUGACAUAUCCUUGAGUGAAGCAGAGGAGUGCCUCAAUUUCUUCCGAUCCCGGAUGCUGCCAUGCUUCCCUUUUAUCAACCUUGGCCCAGACAUAACAGCCUGGCAUCUGCGCCAAGACAGGCCGUUUCUAUUCCAAGCCAUCGUUACCGUUACCACAUUCUCGACACAGAAAAAGCUGGCUCAAGCCGAAGAGCUGAAGCGCCUCCUAUUCACGUCUGCUCUGCUCAAUGUCCAGUCAAAUAUCGAUCUGCUGCUUGGAUUACUAACGUACCUAGCAUGGAGUACGGACGCCUUUCUUGGCAGAGCAGAUCUCGUCUCUCGCCUCAUGAUGCUCGCCAUUUCACUAGUAUAUGAUAUGCGAUUGUUCAAUCGGUCCCCGCCAGACGUGGAGAUCAUGAUGAUUAUCACUCAGGGACGGGCUGACGAAAAUGAUCAGAACACUAGCAAGGAAACAGCCAAAGGCUUCAUGGAAAAGCAGAGAGCAGUGCUGGCAUGUUUCAUUUUGAGCUCCAAGUGCGCAAGGGAAUCCCUGUUUCUGUCAUAUAUUUUGACACCAUAG